AUGAACUCCCUUCCACUCCCAGUGGCAGACCUCGACGUAACAAAAGUCGCAACAUCCCCCUUCGGCUUCGACGACCGAAUCCUCUCCUCGAAUCUCCAAAAACGCUACACAACCAUCUCCAUUCCCGCAACAUACGGCCACUUGUCCUCCGGUCCUGCACCAGGUGUAGUCGCAGGCAUCGUCCUCGGCACCGUCGGCGGUGUCUGCCUCAUUCUAUACUUGACCUUCCUCUCCCUGAAUCCAGGUGGUUUUGCACGCGGUAGCUCCUCCUCGAUCACCGAUGAAGAGGAGGUAGUCGUGCGCAGUCGGCGCGGAGGAUCAUCGCGACGCAGCGACAUGAUUGAAGUUGUGGAGGAGCGGGAUCGACACGAUGAGUACCGUCAUCGGCGCGCUCCUGAUCGUAUCGUCGUUGAGGAGUCCAUGACUGGGACGGAGAUGACACAUGAUUCACGAGAUUUCAUCGAGGUUGUUGAAGAGGAGUCAUCUGGAUUAUCGACGAUGUCGCCGCCACGAAGGCCGAAGAGUUAUCGCUCUGGAGUGAGAAGGGUUGAUCCUCAUGAAUAUGGUGGUGGCAGCUCGCAUGGUAGUUUAGACUACUGA